GAGACUUUUGCUCUUACGGCUGUGGAUAACGGCCGUACUCCGAAGAGGCAACAGAGCUGCCACGUUGCGGUAGUUUAGCCGGCUACCGAAGAUUUAGCCGCCGCUAUCGGUGAUGCUGCUUGGGGCAAAAACCUAGCCAUGGCGCGAGCUGCCCUCGCGUGGUCCAUGUCUACCGCUCCCCCGAAAUACGGCGGGAAGGGUGAGAGUUCCCGCGUAGUUAUAUUGGGCGGAACCGGGAGGGUUGGUGGUUCCACCGCCGUUGCCCUAUCUAAGCUCUGCCCCUCUCUCCAACUGAUUAUAGCUGGAAGGAACAGGGAGAAAGGUGCUGCAGUAGUAUCUAAACUUGGCAAGAAUGCAAGGUUUGUUGAAAUUGACAUAGAGAACACAAGUAUGUUGGAGACAACAUUAGAAGAAGCCGAACUGGUGGUCCAUGCAGCUGGGCCCUUUCAACAAGCAGAGAAGUGCACAGUCUUAGAAGUUGCAAUAUCUACAAAGACAGCAUACCUUGAUGUAUGUGAUGAUACAAACUAUGCCCAGAGAACAAAAUCUUUCCAUUCAAAAGCAUUAGCUGCUGGCAUUCCAGCUGUUACAACUGGUGGAAUUUACCCAGGAGUGAGCAAUGUUAUGGCUGCUGAGUUAGUGCGCUCUGUCAAAUCUGAAGAUGCUGGUGAACCAGAGAGGCUGAGAUUUUUUUACUACACUGCAGGUUCAGGAGGUGCAGGCCCAACAAUAUUGGCAACAAGCUUUUUGCUACUCGGAGAAAAUGUUAUUGCUUAUAACAAAGGUGAGAUGAUUAAGAUGAAACCAUAUAGUGGAGCUCUCAACAUUGACUUUGGGAAAGGGAUAGGAAAAAGGGAUGUCUACUUACUGAACUUGCCUGAGGUUAGGAGUGCUUAUGACAUUUUGGGUGUGCCAACUGUAAGUGCCCGAUUCGGUACAUCUCCCUUCUUCUGGAAUUGGGGAAUGCAAGCGAUUGUAAACUUUGUUCCUGUUGAAACACUAAGAGAUAGAAGUAAAGUCCAACAGCUAGUUCAGAUAUUUGAUCCUUUGGUGCGAGCUAUUGAUGGCAUUGCAGGAGAGCGAGUAUCAAUGAGGGUUGACUUAGAACUACCGGAUGGAAGGAGCAGAAUUGCUUUGUUCUCUCACAAAAAACUUUCAGUAUCGGUGGGAUAUUCAAUAGCUGCUUUUGCACUCGCAAUUCUAGAGGGGAGCACACAAAAUGGCGUCUGGUUUCCAGAGGAGCCUGAGGGGAUAGCCAUUGAUGCAAGAAAAUUGCUGCUUGAACGUGCAUCCCAAGGAACAUUAAAUUUUGUGAUGAACAAAGCUCCAUGGAUGAUUGAGACUGAUCCGAAGGAGAUUGGACUAGGUAUAUAUGUAUGACUAGGAGUUGGCAAGAAGAGGAUGAGAUCAACUAAAUAGAUUCUUUAAGUUCUCCAUGAAGCAAAGAAUGGAUCAAAAGAAUUGCAGCAACUUUGUGCAGGUUUUCUCGAAUCAUUUUAAUUGUGAGAUUUGCGCCAAAAGUUAAUUUAUAUGUUGUUAAAAGCAUGAUUAAUAACUAAAUCGAUCUAUUUGUGCUUUGUGGACAAUCAACUUACGUUCAUCCGUCAACAUUGGCAUUUCGUACUCAAUAUAUAUCCCAGGAUACUUUCUUAA